AUGUCCGAGGAUCAUCACGACGAGGAGCAAUUCGAAUCGGCCGAGUCCGGAGCUGCUGCCACUUUCCCAAAGCAAUGCUCGGCUCUCCGCAAGAAUGAGCACGUCAUGAUCCGAGGAAGACCGUGCAAGAUUGUCGAGAUGAGCACAUCCAAGACCGGCAAGCACGGACACGCCAAGGUCCAUCUUGUUGCCAUCGACAUCUUCACCUCCAAGAAGCUCGAAGACAUCUGUCCAUCCACCCAUAACAUGGAUGUCCCAGUCGUCAAGAGACGCGAGUACAUCCUUAUGUCCAUCGAGGAAGACGGAUUCUGUUCUCUCAUGGACCCCGAAUCCUGCGAUCUCAAAGACGAUCUCAAGAUGCCAGAGGGAGAUUUGGGUAACUCUAUUCGCGAGGCUCUCGACAAGGACGACGGAAGUGUCUUGCUUCAAGUCGUUGCUGCUUGUGGAGAGGAGGCCGUUCUCGGGUACAAGAUUUCUACCAAAGAAUAA